AAAAACCCUGCGAAAAAUCCAAGAGACCCAUGCCUCCCGCUGAAGUCUAAAACCCUACCCUGUGUGCUGCUGUUUUCGCAUUUGCAACAAAGCUUAAGCUGUUCUACUCAGCGGUAUUCCUGCUGAACUCAGUCCCCGUUCAAUCUCGCCGAAAUGGAGAAAAUCAACACCGCAAACAAACAGGUUCUUGUCGAAAUAGUGAAGAUGGCACAAAAACGAGCAAUGAAGGGUUCUAAAGGAAGCUGGAAGGAGUUCUUAAAUUACCACGAUAGGAAGUUUGGGGCUUGUUUAAGUGACCCGUUGAGAAGAUCUGUGGAUGACUUGGUCGCUUUUUUGAAAACCUUUACCGUAGAGGAUGAUUUGAAGUAUUUUGCGAAAGUAAUGCAAUGGCAUUCAAACCGUGAGGCUGUUGAGCAAUUCAAGAAGCAAUCUCCGGUUGAUGAAUCCUCUGAGCAGAGGCUGGUCCGUCUGACUAUUGAACACCCAAAUUACCCCGUAUAUUAUUUGUUCCCAUCUCAUGAAGAGGAAUGGAUGGUAACAAAUCUCAACAAAAAAUCAAAGGCAAGGAGAUCAACUGAAAUGGUUGCUAUUGAUUGUGAGAUGGUUCUCUGCGAAGAUGGCAGUGAAGCUUUGGUGAGGGUGUGUGUUGUGGAUCGCAAUCUGCAGGUCAAACUUCAUGAAUUUGUGAAGCCCAACAAAGGAGUGGCUGAUUAUAGAACGAAGAUCACUGGUGUUACUGCAAAAGAUUUGGAUGGAGUCACUUGUUCUUUAGUAGAUAUACAGAAAUCUAUGAAGAAGAUAUUGUCACAUGGAACUAUUUUGGUUGGCCAUAGUUUGAAUAAUGAUCUUCAAGCGUUAAGGAUUGAUCAUGCAAAAGUUAUUGAUACUUCUCUUAUCUUCAAAUACUGGGAUCAACCUCUUUCUAGAAGACCUUCAUUGUAUGAUCUGUGCAAGUCUGUAUUGGGAUAUGAAGUUCGGAAGAAGGAUGCUCCACACAAUUGUUUGGAUGAUGCUCGCGCUGCAAUGAGACUUGCUCUUGCCAAGAUAGAGCGUGGAUUUGAUAAUGACAUUCCCUUGGUUCAUGAGGAUGUAGGUUUGGAGGCUGAGACCGAAAUGGCAAAGCUUCUUUUGCACAGAAUCCCUGUCACUGUGCCUAUUGAAGAAUUACAUGAUAUAAUUCCUGGGAACUACACAAUUGAAUUGCAGUCAAAUAAAAAAGCGAAGGGAGAAAAAUAUUCUGCUUUUGCUAUCUUUAAAAAUCCAGAAGAGGCACAUCAAUCAUUCGAAAAUGUUGUUAGUGACCAAAACAAGGACUCGUCUGGACGGCCUCAGAAAUACAUCUUAUUCCAACUUAGCACAGGAGUGACUGCCCGGUUAUGUGUUCGCAGAAUGACAUGUGGCCCCCUCCGUGAUGUUCCAUCAAAGAAGAGAUUAUCCCAAGUUGAGGAGCCCACGGGUGAGUCAAAGAAGUUAAAGACAGGCCAAUGCAUUGAAGAUUCAACGGAGAUGAAUGCAGACUCGAAUUUAUGUAAUGAUCACGAGGAAGAGAUUGAAAGAUUGAAGCAACAACUCAAGCAAAGGGAUCAUGAAAUAAAUAGCUUGCACAAGAUCAUUGCAGCCCUUACAAGGAAACAAGGUCUCUAAAUAUAAGAAUGGCUGUGGAUAUGGUGCUGUUUUUUGCAGUGCAAUAUUAUUGUUGUCCUCCUGACAGUGGGCAAAGGAGCGGACACUUGAUGGCAUGGUAAAGAGUAACACUUCGGUCCACGAAAUUCAGGCAACGGCAGAAUGCUCUGCUAAAUUCGGGAGGAGAUAGGGAAUGAGAAAUGGCAGAAGUGUCAAAUUUUUGGGGUAGCCACUUUUUAAGAAUUUGGAAAUUGUGGUGCUGACUGAUCCGAGGUUGCUCCUGUUCAAUGUUUUAAACGUUUAUUAUAACUUAAGAAUUAAAGUUAAACAAACGAUUUGCUUUAUUAGCAAUGACAUAUGUAAUGUUUUGAGGUCACUGUCUUAUGAAUUCUUUUUUAAAGAUAAAUAUAAAUAUGUGAUUAGUUGUUAAUUAAA